AUGUUAUACCAACAAGGAAACGGGCACCCUAUGCCGCAACAGCAGCAUCAGUUCUAUCCUCCUCCUAGCACCUUACUGCAGCCUCAACAACAGAUGCCUGCUGCCCAGCCCCAUGCUGGCGUAGACCGGCACUCGCCAGUGCAGAGUGACAGAGGUGCCUUUGCAGGUGGCAACUACAACAUUGCCCAUCGUGACACCAACGCCGUUCUCAAUGUCAAUCUUCAGCAGGGCGCUACCGUGCGCUCCAAGUCAGGUGCAAUGAUCCAUAUGUCAGGCACCGUGCAGCUAUCAGGCAAGGUCAAGUUCUCUAUGAAGAAGCUCUUUACGGGCGGCGAGAUGUCUGAGUCGACAUAUACUGGGCCAGGUUAUGUCGCCCUCGGCCCAACUCUAUUCGGAGACAUUAUCGCUUUGCAUAUCGACAACUGUCAGUCCUGGAACAUCGGCAAGGACGCUUUUCUCGCCUGUACAUCCGAGGUGACCAAGAAAAGUGAGUCUCAAGGGAUUGGAAAGGCUAUAUUCUCGGGCGAGGAUCUCUUCGUCUAUCGCAUUGAGGGCCAGGGCACUAUAUGGUUGACGAGCUUUGGUGCUGUCGAUCGACUAGAUGCAGGUGGCGGGACUAUGAGUGGUAUCAAGACGGGUGAGGGUCUGGUCUGUCGUUUUACCGGUCCUGGCUCGGUUUAUGUGCAGACUCGAAAUAUGGACGAGUUCCAGGCCUUUAUCCAGGCCAGUGUCACUACAGCGUAG